GAGGGGUGGCUCUUACGUAAGCAACAGGAAGCUAAGUGGAAAUCAGCAAGAGGCUGUUUUAUGUUCCACCCUCCAGCUAUCAAGUUGAUUACUGCCCAAGUCGUCAUUUGAUUCAGCUGGUAAUGAAAUGGGAGUCAACCAGUCUGUGGGCUUUCCACCUGUAACAGGACCUCACCUCGUAGGCUGCGGGGAUGUGAUGGAGGGUCAGAGUCUCCAGGGGAGCUUCUUUCGACUCUUCUACCCCUGCCAAGAGGCAGAGGAGACCAUGGAGCAGCCCCUGUGGAUUCCCCGCUACGAGUACUGCUCUGGCCUGGCCAGUUACCUGCAGUUUAAUAAGCACUGGGGAGGUUUGCUGUUCAACCUGGCUGUGGGAUCUUGUCGCCUGCCUGUCAGCUGGAAUGGCCCCUUUAAAUCAAAGGACUCUGGAUACCCCUUGAUCAUCUUCUCCCACGGCCUGGGAGCCUUCAGGACAUUGUAUUCAGCCUUCUGCAUGGAGCUGGCCUCCCGUGGCUUUGUGGUUGCUGUGGCAGAGCACAGGGACCAGUCAGCUGCGACCACCUAUUUCUGCAAGAAGGCUCCAGAGAAGAACCAGACCAUCAAUGAGUCGCUGGAGGAAGAAUGGAUCCCAUACCGUCAACUUGGGGAAGGGGAGACGGAAUUCCAUGUUCGGAAUCCCCAGGCACAUCAGAGGGUGAAUGAGUGUGUACGGGUGUUGAGGAUCCUGCAAGACGUCACUGCUGGACGGACUGUCCUUAACAUCUUGCCUGGUGGGUUGGAUCUGAUGACCUUCAAGGGCAGCAUUGACAUGAGUCGUGUGGCUGUGAUGGGACAUUCAUUUGGAGGGACCACAGCUAUUCUGACUUUGGCCAAGGAAACCCAGUUUCGGUGUGCUGUGGCUCUGGAUGCUUGGAUGUUUCCACUGGAACGUGGCUUUUACCCCAAGGCCCGAGGCCCGGUAUUCUUCAUCAAUGCUGAAAAAUUCCAGACAGUGGAGAGUAUCAAUUUGAUGAAGAAGAUAUGUACCCAGCAUGAACAAUCUAAGAUCAUAACUGUCCUUGGUUCUGUUCAUCGGAGUCAAACUGACUUUGCCUUUAUGACUGGCAGUUUGAUUAGUAAAUUCUUCUCCUCUCAAACCCGUGGGAGCUUGGACCCCUAUGAAGGUCAGCAGAUCGUGGUGCAGGCCAUGCUGGCCUUCCUGCAGAAGCACCUUGACUUGAAGGAGGACUAUGAUCAGUGGAACAACCUCAUUGAAGGCAUUGGACCAUCACUCACCCCUGGGGCCCCACACCAUCUGUCCAGCCUGUAGACACAAGUAGCCAUUUUCAAAAGUUCACUUGAGCUGAGUUUCCAUUUGAGGGCUGCCCAGGAGCACCCAUAAUCUUCCACCAGGAAAUGGUUAACAUGACCCUUCACAGAGAGAGUGCUGAUUGGGUAACUGGGGGCUUUAAUCUUGGACUUGCUGGUCUUCCACUCAUGCUAGGGCUUGAAUCACUUGCUGAUUGGCAGACUGACUUUCUGGGGCCUGAGCCCUGAUGGUAUGGGGAACAAGCAGCGGGGCAGGACUCAAAUUGAACACUAUUUCAUGGCCAGAGUGUACAGACUUAGCCAGGGAACCUACUGCCUCACCUUGGGCUAGUGUGACUUCUGCAGUUGAAAAGAAGCCAAAGGAUGGACCGGAAAUCCUCUCCUUCAGGACCUCUCGCCCAACCUGGCACUAUCUCUUCUUACCUCUCAGCCUUCUCUUACCCAGGGCCACUUGGUGAGUUCUGAACACUUUAGGCAAAUUUCUAGAAUAUGAACCAUCUUCAAAUAUUCUGUUUAUUUUCGAGCUUUCCCAUUACAUGAAACUGGGCACUUAGUACUAAGUUAUACUUGUGAGCCAUGAGGUGUGGAUAGCACUGUCCUGAUAACACAGGAAGAGAAGCUGAGGUACAGAGGGGUACCUCAGAAGCUCUGGAUGUCUUUGGGGUUUUGCUAAAAAUAUAUUUUAACAGGAAAUUAACACAAGUAGGUUGAGAUAGGGAAGAUAGAAUAACAGUGUUAAGCAGCCGUUUGCACAGGCCCUUGCCACAAGAGCAAGGAAUUUUGUCAGCUAGAAGUCAGGAGGCCAUCCCUGGCAGGGUCUAAGAACAACUUGCUCUUGCUUCUUACCUCAGAUAUUGUGAGCCUCCAACUUGCUCAGAAUCAGGGUCCUUUGGUUGUCUGUUUUCUAGCUCUGAGGCUCCAGCCCCAAAUUUAAGUCAGGAUAUAGGGUGCAUUUCCAUUCUGUUCCUUUUUUGGUAUUUUAUAAUAUGAAUGAUAUUAAUACUCAUGUUUGCCUAAGGAUAUGUUGGACUAUUCUUUUUAUUUAAUCUGCACUAGAGCAAGAUGGGGAGCCAUCUGGAAAUGGCUUUACCGUCUGUCUUUCUUUGUUCACUUACCACUUGGGCUCCUGUGGAAAAAAAAAAUUUAAAAGGAAAGGAAGUUUUCCUAGGGAUCUAGUUCAAAGCUAUUUGGGAACAUCAACCUGAAACACCCCUCUCCGCUACUCUAAACUUCUUACCUCAGUGCAAGUGGGGGGCCUCAGAGGAAGCAAGAGCAAAGGGCGAAUAUGUCUCUACAGUAAGCCCAAGGUGAGUGCUACCAAAGUAAGUUGGGACUAGGUCUCCCAGCUCUCAACAGCUGUUCUUUCUAAGAGACGAAACAGCAGAUCCAUUGAGACUGUAACCCUUGGAAGGAUGUGUAGAUUCUAGUGCGAUAUAGCAGAAGGAGGGUAUCAUUAAAGCCCUGGGCUCUAGAGUUAUAUAGCCUCGCUCUGAGUUCUGGCUCCCCAACUCCUAACUGGGUAAAUCUGAGGAAAUUGUAUGCUCUUUAUAAUCUCUAAAGUGAGAUCUGCAUUAUGAAUAGUUAGGAGGGUUAAGUGAGAGGGCGUAUAACCCAUGGAUUAAUUAAAAGUAUCUUUCUUACUUGCCAAACGUAAGAUUUGUCUAUUUAUUUACAGUUACUGUUUUCUAGUUUAAUUGCUUUGUGGUCUGAGAAGAUGACCCAUGUAGUCUCCACCCGCCAAGAUUUGUGGAAACUUGUUUGUUGGCCCAGUGUGAGGUCAGUUUUGUAAAUGACCCAUGUAUGCUUAAAAAGACUGCAUAUUUUGAAGUUGUUGGCUUGCUGUUUUACUCCACAACACACCAUGGAUUUCCUAUUAUGAGAGCACACACAGAUAUAUAACGGGGCCUUCCAACUCCCAAAUGGGAACCAGAGCCCCUCAGCACUCGCAGAAGCAGCCCCAGGCCAAGCCUGAGUAGAUGCCAUACCUUGUGCAUGGAGCCGACUCCGCAAGUGCUGAGGGGCUAGUUCUAGCAAUAGUAGCACGAGACCUAGCUUCUACCAUAGACUCAACUAAUGCAGAUACAUGUAAAGCCCUGAGCAGGAGACCUGGAACUUCCCCAGAGAAAGACAUUCACAAACUGAAUUCAUUUCCUCCGUUCAGCUUCUGUUCUGGUAAUGACUUGUUUAUCUGGCAACAUUGGAGUAGGUGGAUUUUCCAUGUAACUGAAAAUUAUCCUUUAAGUCCCAAAAUGUAAUACUGACUAUAUUGAAUGGUAGUCUACAAAAUAAUAAUAAUAACGCACAUACCACCAAAUCAAAGUGAACAACUUCCUAAUCAAAGUGAACUUUUUAGGAUGUUUCCAUCAG